UUAGGAUUAGGCUCCACAUAAAAUCCCCAUUCUCUGCCGCUUUAGCUAGGGUUUCCAGUGUUACUCUCUGCCAUUCUCGCUUUUUAUUCCCCAUGGAUUCUUGUAACUAGCCUUCCUUGAUUAUUGAGAAUCUCCGGUAAAGCUUCGAGCGGUGAUACAUAUAUCAGUGUCGGAAAAGUAUUCAGAAAUGGCGACCAUGAACCCUUUUGACCUUCUGGGUGACGAUGACAACGAGGAUCCAUUGCAGCUCCAUGCUGCUCAGCAGCAGAAGCUGCCUACUCCAGCCUCGGCUCCCAAGAAGACUCCUGGUCAGGCUCCGGCGAAGCCUAACUCCGCCGCCGCCAAUGCCAAGUUGCCUUCCAAGCCUCUUCCUCCUUCCCAAGCUGUGAGGGAAGCCAAAACUGAAUUUCAGCGGGGACGUGGUCCACGUGGAGGUGGGCGUGGUGGUCGGGGACGUGGGUUCUGUCAAGAUUCUACUAACAAUGAGAAUAAUUAUGGCAACAACAAUGGUUUUGCUGGUGGUUAUAGACAAUCUGAAGAUGGAGAAGGUGGAAAGCCAUUUGAAAGGAGAAGAGGCUAUGGUGGAGGUUAUAGACAAUCCGAAGAUGGAGAAGGUGGAAAGCCAUUUGAAAGGAGAGGAGGCUAUGGUGGAGGUUAUAGACAAUCUGAAGAUGGAGAAGGUGGAAAGACCUUUGAAAGGAGAGGAGGCUAUGGUGGACCUAGGGGUGGCUUCCGUGGUGAUCGCCGUGGUGAUCUAAGCAAUGGUGAAAAAGCUGAUGGGGAAUAUCCUCGCAGGGUGUAUGAACGCCGUAGUGGAACAGGGCGUGGGAGUGAAAUUAAGCGUGAGGGUUCUGGUCGUGGAAACUGGGGAAGUCCUACAGAUGAGAUUGCUCCUGAAGCUGAAGAGCCCAUGAAUGGAGUUGUUAAUGAUGUUGUGAACACUGAUGCAAUUGAGAAGCAACAUGGGCAAGAAGAUGCUGGAGAUGCCAAGAAGGAUUCUCCAUCGGAUGAACCAGAAGUAAAGGAGCCCGAGGAGAAGGAGAUGACUCUGGAUGAGUAUGAGAAAUUGUUGGAGGAGAAGAGAAAGGCUCUUCUGGCAUCAAGGCCUGAGGAACGUAAGGUUUGCUUAGACAAGGAAUUUGAAUCCAUGGCACUGUUGGCAAAUAAGAAGAAUGAUGAUGAGGUCUUCAUUAAGUUGGGAUCUGAAAAAGAAGAUAAAAAGAAAGAGGCCGGAGAAAAGGUCAAAAAGACAAAAAGUAUAAACGAAUUUCUGAAGCCUGCUGAAGGUGAAAUGUACUAUCGCCCAGGUGGCCGAGGCAGGGGUCGGGGUCGUGGCAGUGGCAGAGGAGGGUAUGGUGGAAACAAUACCAGCAGUUUUGGAACCCCAUCAAUUGAAGAUGUCGGUCAGUUCCCUACCUUGGGGUCAAAGUGAGGGAGGGAGCAAGCCAUUCCUGCCAAGCUCUCAAUUUUUGCCCGAAAAGGCAAAAGAUAUCUGCAGGAGUCAUGUUCCUGUAUUAUCACUGUUACAGUAGUGUAAAUUUAGAAUUCAUCUGGGGGUUCCUUUCCUCAGUAGUAGUAUUGUUAAACUACUCAACAUUCAUAUCUUUUAUCUGUUAGGAGUUCAAUUUUGAUCUGAGUUUUGAUUUGGAAGCAAUUUUGUUUUUGAAAUCAUGGUUUUAAGUUUAAUAUUAUUGCAAAAUUCUUAUUA